CACACGGAGUUUAUAUGCAGAAAAUUCCAGGAAUCAAAAGAUGUUUUGGGUUUAUUCCCAAUGGUACUUGGUGUGCUUGUUAACAGAAGUUACCUUGAGAAAUACACAGCUUCAGUUACCAGUUGUUCUCUGUAGUUCAAGAGGUGAUGUUUCACAUUCGCGUUGUUUUGUAAAAGUUGAAAUGCCUCCAAAUUGCAGUGUUGUUAACUGUUUAUCAAAGAGAAGUGACAAAUCAAUUUCAUUCCAUACGUUUCCUAGUGACGCUUUGCGACUGGUUAUAUGGCUUAAAUAUUGUGUGCCUGGAUUCAAACCUUCAAAGCAUUCUGUGUUAGGCUCACUUCAUUUUGAUCAGUCUUUGAUGACAUGGACACCUCGACGUAAAUCAAAUAGAUUAGCUAACAGUAAACUCAAUCCGAUUGAUCUCGACGCACAUCCCGAAGCUGAACCUCUAGAAGAGUUGGAUAUCGUCAAUUUAAACACACCUGUUAAGGUCUCAGUAUCUCACAGUGAAUCGGACGUAAGCUGCUCUGCUAUCAACAACAGUGUUCAACAUAAUAUUUCUCCCGUGGUUUCUUUACCCUCUGUUCGAAGAAGACUCAUCGUAGAUUCUGCUAGUCCGUUAAAAAGAGCAAGGUUAGAUAAAACCUGUGAAACAUCAAGUACGCGGUGUUCAAGUCUAACUGACAACAAUCUCGAAUUCAAUUCUACUGUUGAUGGUUUGAGUUUCGUCGACUCCGAACAAGCUUCAUUAAGUGAUGUAGUCAAUUUUUCCCCCAACAUAAAUGGAUUUAUUGAUGACUUGAAUAGACUUACAGAAGAAAACCAAAGUUUAAAACAGGACUACGAGAAUCAACUGGGCGCACUUAAAAGAGAAAUUCAUGAACUACAUAUUAAGUACAAGUGUGAUAUCGAUCACCUUGAGGGAGUGAAUCUUCGUCUAAAAAGGAAACUAACCGCCCUAUUAUAUCGUGAGCGCCGGAACCAGAAUGAACAAAAUGUUAAAGAGGGUCAAAAUAAAUUCUUAAUGCAGCAGUUGAAGAAGUCCAUGAAGGAAUGUCACGAUCUAAAGGUAGCUGGGAAAAACUCAAUAAGGAAAACAGACAUGUCUGAAACAGCUUACCAACUCUUUCUGAACGAAAAGUGGAAUUCCGGCAACAAGUGGGGUCGCAGAUACUCUUCAUUCAUCCGUGACCUGGCAAUAAAUUUAAGUUUUUAUUCUAACGCUGCAUAUGAAAAAUUGAGAUCCAUCUUUACCUUACCAUCAGUUCGGAGUCUUCGACGCUACCUUGCACCGGUUGGUUGCUCUUCCGGUAUUUUAAGGAAUGUAUUGCCUCAGAUACAAAAGGAUAUUGCAGACGGAAAGAACGGAAAAGACGCCGUAAUAAGCCUAGAUGAAAUGUCAAUGAGGAAGGCCUUGUGCUACGAUCCACAACUGAAAAAAUAUUUGGGCUUUACCGAUUUUCCCGAUGACAAACCUUCAACUCGAGAAACAGAUCAUCAACUUCUUGCUACUCAAGUAUUAGUAUUUUAUGUAGUAGGAUUGGACGGCAAAUUGAGAUCGCCCAUGGCUUACUACUUUACCAAUCAUUUAACCGGGCAAGGCCAAGCGAAAGUCCUCACCGAUGUUAUUAUCGCCUGUCAAGAAUUCGACGUAAAUGUAAAAGUAGUUACUUUCAACGGGUUGGCGGCCAAUAUGACGAUUGUAAAUGUUCUUGGGGUAAACAUAAAGUUUCCAAAAAAACGACCGAAAUCCAUUCCCAGACGGGCACGAAUAAAGACUCAGCAAACAGAAGCCGGCCGCAUGAAGUACGCCACGAUGAAGACUACAUUCGUUCAUCCGAAGACAAAAGAAGACAUUCACGUGAUGCUAUAG